AUGUAUGCGUAUCUAUUAUCUGUUGAACCAGUUACAUCGGGAAGCCAAUCGUUGAGAGUUCUCGUUCGUGCCAGUGUGAAUGCCCAUCCCUCAUCAGACUAUUCUCGUUCGUGCCAGUGUGAAUGCCCAUCCCUCAUCAGACUACUGAGAACAAAGGACAAUGGAUGGUACAUAGCAGAGCAUCGAGAUGGACACAACCAUGCAUUGUCACAAACAUAUGGCCAGACAAUACACUGGCCGUCACACAAGCAUAUUGACGUUUACAGCAAGGAUUUAGUGAAGCAGUUGAGGCAGAACAAUGUCAAUUUGUCAAAAGUCUACAGCAUUAUUGGCAGCUUUUUUGGAAAGAUGGAGAAUGUGCCAUUUACCAAAAGAGCUCUGCGGAAUUUGUGUGGCAAGAUAAGCCGGGAGCAAGCAGAAGAUGAUGUUAGGAAAACAAUGGAAGUGUUUCAUGAUCUGUGCUCAAAGGAUCCACAAUUCACGUAUCGAGUUCAGGCAGACAAAGAGGGCAGGAUCAGCAACUUGAUGUGGGCUACAGGGAACAGUAGGCUCCAGUACAACUUCUUUGGGGAUGUCAUUACAUUUGACACAACCUAUAGGACCAACCUGUAUGACAUGCCAUUUGGGUUAUUUGUUGGAGUGAACAACCAUUUCCAGAGUAUCAUACUAGCUGGUGUGCUAGUUCGGCAUGAGACAGAGGAAACAUUUGAGUGGGUCUUCUCAGAGUUUGUUAGGAUAAUGGGGGGGGGGGGGGGAGGGCGCCACAAACAAUACUUACCGGUAAGAUUGGAUGCAAAUUUAUUAGUGUAA